GAAUGUAAUGGGCGCGUCUGGUUUAGUCGCGUCGCUUGAUGGGUGCCAUUGGUUGGUCUCCUCCUCUCAAUCAGUGUGAUCAGAUGUGAUCUGGCACCUGUGUGUGCGCGACCCACGGGAGCCUGUUGCUAAUGUGUGUUGUGGAGCGAUCUUCUUCUUUGCGGUGUGUGAUUAUGCGCGCAACUGCACGAUAACCAUCAUGUUUUGCGUCUUUGCGCGUUAAUGAUGAUAAAGAGGACGCUUUUCGGAUAGAUGCAUUUGUUGUGCUUCUUCAUGUCCACUGAUCUAUCCUCAUCCUCCGCCAGCAUCUGAUGAAGUUUGAGCGCGUUUCAGAUGCACUAUGUGAUGCAUUUGUGAUAUAGUCACCCGGCGUGUCUUGAGAAGAACAUCGAAAGCAAGAUCCUCGUCAUUUGUUUCCGCGAUGUCAAUCAAUAAAGCAACAUUGACGGAGAAUGGGGUUAAAAACGGAACGUCGAGAAAUGUGCUGGAGCGAUGCGCCUCAGUCAAUGAGUAUUUUGAUAUUGCCUUCAAGGUGAUGCUGCUGGGAGACUCGGCAGUGGGGAAGACCUGCGUCCUGGUGCGCUUUAAAGAUGGUGCCUUUCUGGGAGGCAACUUCAUUGCCACAGUGGGGAUAGACUUUAGGAAUAAGGUGGUGACUGUGGAUAACAUGAAAGUCAAACUCCAGAUUUGGGACACGGCCGGUCAGGAGAGGUUCCGCAGUGUCACUCAUGCGUACUACAGAGACGCCCAGGCUCUGCUGCUGCUCUAUGACAUCACGAGAAAGUCCUCCUUCGACAACAUCAGAGCCUGGCUGACUGAAAUCUAUGAGUAUGCACAGAAGGAUGUGGUCAUCAUGUUGCUUGGCAACAAGUCAGACAUGGCUGCUGAGAGGGUGAUCGCACAUGAAGAAGGGGAGAAGUUGGCUAAGGAAUAUGGAGUCCCUUUCAUGGAGACAAGUGCCAAGACUGGUGUCAAUGUGGAACUUGCUUUCCAUGCCAUAGCAAGAGAGCUCAAGCACAGAAACAUCCAGCAGCCCCACGAGCCCAAAUUCAAGAUCCACGAUUACAUCGAGUCACAGAAGCAGAAGUCUAACUGCUGCGGCGGCCUCGUGUGACCAUCUCCAGAUGAAAUAUAUUCAUACACGAAGUCGUGUGUGAAUGAAACGUGCUUUGUUUUGAUGUGUCCAAUUUCCCUCAGACCCCCAUUCGCUUUCUAGUCAGGAAUAUACAGCCAAAUACUGCUGAGGUGCAUCAGAGUAAUACGUUUCUGCAGGUGAUGUCUGCUUUAUAAACUGUGUUAAUCCAGGUGUGUACAGUACCCAGGUCUGUCUGAUUAUUCCAGGUACGUUUGUUUGUGUAACGUGGUUUCCGGGUUUCUUCUCUGAUGGUUAUAUACACGGUAUCAAAUAUAUUAGUAUUGAAUUACAUUAUAUGCCACGCAAAUGUCCUCGGGCAGUGAGCUUGUGUCUGUAGUGGUUUUGUUUUUUUUUUAAUAUAUAAAAUUCUUACUGUAUAUUUGAGUGUCUCGCAAGGUCCGAAUAUCAUCUUAUGUUAAGUAUUAUGUUUACAAUCUGUACAUAUUGACUCGAAAACAAUCAUAGCACAGCUUGACCGAGUCAGGCCUGAUUAUGACAUAACAUGGGUUUCUUUUUGCUUCAUGUACAAGCAUGUCACACUUUCAUACCUGUCACACUCACUGUAUGACUUACAGAUUAAUGUGAAAUGUGAAUCUGGAUUGUAUCGUACAAUAUUUUGAUUUGUCUCAUCCCUGCGCUUUACAUUUUUCACAGUGAUCACAAAGUGCCAUGAGAAAGUCCAUUGUAACCACAUAUUAGUGUUUUGUAAGAGAGGGUUUUUGUUUUCAGUGCUUCGGGUGUUUGCCAUCGUUUCGUUUAUUUAAUAUUUAAAGCCACAGGGGGGCGUUAUUACACACUGAGAGUUGCUAAUAAAUAAUAAUGAACUUAACGAUUUAAUUGCCUUACCUUUGAUAUUUCAAAUAUGUGUCCUGUACUUUUAAAUAAAAAAAUAAAUAAAUAAAGUGAAUUGUGAACAUCAGGUUAACUUAUGGGUCUCGGUUUUGGGACAAGAGAACGAGUCUUAUUUGAAUGAAUAAAUGCUUGUGUUGUGUAUUCCUUGUAAGUUGUUUUGCAUAAAAUCAUCUGCCAAAUUAAUAAAUGUAAAUGUUAUUUGAUCUUGGCGAGGCA